GAAAUCCCCCACGCCGCGCACCACCACCAACUCUCGCCCGCGGCGCCGCUCCGCCACCAAUGGCCGCCGCCGCCGCCGCGGCCACGAGGAAGGACGGCGCCGACGCCCGCCCGCCCCCGCAUCGCCUGAGGUCGCCCUCCAGGGUGGCGGCGGACUUCGCCAUGGGCGGCGCCGCGGCGGUGGUGGCCAAGACGGGGGCGGCGCCGGUGGAGCGCGUCAAGCUGCUGCUGCAGAACCAGGCCGAGAUGCUGCGCCGGGGCGCCCUCAUGCGGCCCUACCGCGGGAUCGCCGACGCCUUCGCCCGCGUGCUCCGCGAGGAGGGCGCCGCCGCGCUCUGGCGCGGCAACCAGGCCAACGUCAUCCGAUACUUCCCCACCCAGGCCUGCAACUUUGCAUUCAAAGGCUACUUCAAGAGCUUCUUUGGCUAUGACAAGGAGAAAGACGGGAAAUGGAAAUGGCUAGCUGGAAAUGUAGCAUGUGGCAGUGCUGCAGGAGCCACAACAUCAUCCCUGCUAUACCAUCUGGAUUAUGCACGGACGCGGCUAGCCACUGACGCGAUUGAAUCCCGAGCUAACAAACGUCAGUUCAGGGGGUUGCUAGAUGUCUACAAGAAGACACUUGCAACUGAUGGUAUUCGUGGAUUAUACCGAGGCUUCAGUGUGUCUAUUGUGGGUAUCACUCUAUAUCGGGGUCUUUAUUUUGGCAUCUACGACACCAUGAAACCUAUUGUACUAGUAGGGCCAUUGGAGGGAAAUUUCCUGGCCAGUUUUGCCUUGGGAUGGACAAUAACUACAUUCUCCGGGGCCUGCGCCUACCCAUUUGAUACACUCCGACGAAGAAUGAUGUUAACUUCAGGGCAGCCAUUCAAAUACAGGAGCGCCUUCCAUGCCGUAAAACAGAUAGUUUCCACCGAAGGGUUCUUCACUCUAUUCAGAGGGGUCGGUGCAAAUAUCCUCUCGGGAAUGGCAGGAGCUGGAGUUCUUGCUGGGUAUGACCAGCUCCAACGGUUUGCAGGCCAGCAUGAUUACAAAAUUGAGAACAAGAUGAAAGGGGCAUUGAAAUGAUGUGCAUGUGAUGGAUCUGCAUGUGCCUGGGCAGAUUCUUGGGUUUUCAGGUUGUGCGCUGGCCAGAUGGGAUGUGUUGUGAGCUACAAUUACCGAGCUCACAGAUCAGAACUUGAAAUGCGUGCAAGAGUUAAUGGGAAUGAAUUGAUCAACACAACAACAUUUCCUGGAGGUGAAUCUUCACAGGAUAGGAGAUGGCAUCAUGGUGCAAUAGAUUAUUCGUUUCUAUACGAAGUUUUGAAUACCAUAACGACUAGACCUUAUUCUUGAAGUGUAAAUUAAUAUGGUUUCGAAAGCUGAUGUCCCCAUGUACACUAUUAAUGUAAACUGUAAAUAGUACUGUAAAGAAUAAAGAGUUUAGGGCCUCUUUGGUUCAAAGGAA